AUGUCUGCCGCUCCCGAGACCACCCCCGCUGUCGUCGCUCCCGUCGAGGAGGUCGCCGCCCCCGCCCCUGCCGUCGAGGAGACUGCCGCUCCCGUCGUCGAGGCUGCCCCCGUCGCUGCUGAGGCCGCCCCCGUCGUCGAGGAGGCCCCUGCUGCUACCGAGACCGCUGCCCCCGCCGCCGUCGAGACUGCCGCCGAGCCUGCCACUGAGGCUGCCGUGACCGAGGAGACCGCUGCUCCCGUCGCCGCCGCCGCUACCGAGGAGGAGCCCGCUGCUGCCACCGAGGAGGUUGCCGCCAAGGAGGCCUCGCCCAAGAAGGAGAAGCGCCAGUCGUUCAUCGGCAAGCUCAUCGGCGCCUUCAAGGAGAAGACCGCCAAGAAGGAGAAGACCGCCGCCACCAAGGAGGAGCCCGUCGUCGAGGAGGCCGCUGCCACCGACGGCGCCGCCGCCCCUGCUACCGAGGAGACCGCCGCCGUUGCUGAGCCCACCACCACCGAGGCUGCCGUCGAGGCCCCCGCCGCCGUCGACGAGGCCGCCGCCCCUGCCGCCACCGAGGAGGCCGCUGCUCCCGCUGUUGCCACCACCACCGAGGAGGCCGCCGCCAAGGACGUCAAGAUCGACGAGUCGGCCAAGGCGGACGCUCCCGCCCCCGACGUUGCCGCCCAGAAGAUCAAGCUCGGCCGUCGUCUCAGCGGCAAGUUUGGCGCCCUCUUCGCCAAGGCCGCCCCCAAGAAGUCGGAGGAGAAGCCCGCCGCCGCCGAGGCCGCCGCUGCCGAGGAGGAGACCGCCUCUCCCGUCGAGGAGAAGGUCGCCGAGGACGUCACCGCCGCCCCCGAGCCCGUCGCCGUGAUUGCCGCCCCUGCCGUCAAGGCUCCCGAGUCGGCGGCUCCCGUCGCUGCCGCCGCCUAA